AUGCAAACAAGAAAGAGAAGGUUAAAAGUGGUUGCAGACUCAGCUGAAAAAGGUAAUUUAAUCACCCAGUUUAGGCUAAAAAUAUUGAAUAUAUGUCCCCCAGCCCUCUUAAUUGGUCACCACUCCAUUACAUAAUUCUUACUGAAUUAUAAUUUAUGCACUGUAUAUCCGCCAUGAAAUAUAUACCCCUGCAGUAGGACAAAAUUCACAAUCAUAGCCUGGGACCAGACCCCUCUGUUGGGAAAGAAAAUAUGCAUACUAAUCAAGGCUGUGCUCUAAGGAAAAUUGAAGAGAGUCCAGUGCUCUGAGCCUGUAAAAUCCAGGGUGCCCAGCAUAUGAUUUGUAUGAAAAAACUGUGAUUUUCUAGUCGCCCAAGAACAAAAGUUAGGUGCCAGGGCUCUGCUAGAGCACACCCCUAUGGAGGAGAAUAAAUCCUGGAGUGAAGCAAGCAAAUUGAAUGGCUGGGAAAGGAGAAAAAGGGGUGGAGCCUUACAGCCUGUAAUGCAGCCAAAUGAGAUUCUGCUAUCAUGCUCUGAUUGGUCAAAUGUCUCAGCAUUGACAGAUUUACAGUAUUGAUGUCAGAUUUCUCUUCACUUGGUUGUCAGUGGUGACAGUCUCCUUGCCUGUUCACCAGUUACACUUGGGGUAUUCUACACCAUCUUUAUUUCACUUUGAUGAAGGUCACGCUGGUUGGUGAUAUGAGGGUACCAGAACAUUUUUGUCUUUGAAAGAGACACCAGCCUAAUAUAUAACAAUUAUUCACCGAAGCGGAGGUGAAUAAUUGUUUUAGUAUAACUAAAACAGUGAGAUAAUUGAGCACAAAAUGAUGAUUUUUAACUCAUUUACUGUUGCCAACGAUUACAAUUUUGGCGCGCGAUGACCGAACGGCCGCGGUCGUCGCUUUUACUUAGAGACAAAUAAAACUUUUGAAGGCGUUUGUUUAGCUCUUGUGGGAAAUUUUUUUCAAAAGGAGUUGCAUGUGAAUUCUGUUUGUAUUUAAAAUAAUUCUGUAAAAAAGAUUAUUGAAUUUAGUUUUAAGCUUAUUUAUGAACAAGUCAACUAAAUAAAGACUUAAGACUUAAGCUUAAUUUGCAUUUGUAAACAAAAAACUUUUUUCACCGGUUUUAUCGAUAACUAUUCAAAUCAAAAAGACAAAGAUUUACCUGUUAAAACUUCCAAACCGAACUUCGUCACCUUCUUCAUGUAUUUCGGAAAUAGCUUGCUUUAUUAGUUGUGAAAUUUCUUAGUUUGUUACGGCAGCAAACCGGGAAAGCAUUUUUGCUCGCAACCUACGCGAGUUUGGCGUCGCUCGCUCGGAGGAACUGGAGGUGAAUCAGUGAAUAGUUAACAAUUAUUCUUUGAAAUCGAGGUGAAUAGUGGCAAAAUAUUUACCGAGCCGCGAAAGCGGCGAGGUAAAUAUUCCCAAAGCCACUAUUCACCGAGAUUGAGAAGAAUAAUUGUUUUAGUAUAUACACACGAAGUGAUCUCAACAAAAUCAGAAAGGAAACCAUUCAGAAGUAGGAUUUGAUUGACAGAUCAAAUCACGCGUAAGUUUAAAAAUAGAUCUUUGCAGAAUUUUCAAACAUGGCAAUUCACAAGUUUACUCAUUUCGCAAACAACAGCGUAAUGGCUUCAAUGGAAUCGCUAAAAGUUUGAACUGUUUCCUUACCUGAGAAAAAAAGUAGAGCUGUGUUGUUUUCUGUUGACUCGCCAAGUUUAUAGCCAAAAGGGCAUGUUGUGUCGUUCUUCGCAUGAAGUGCUGACAAAAAUGGCGGCUCGGUUGCUCGAGGUAAGAGGUCGUCUUCCUGUAUCAUUCUUUUUCCUGUUUACUUGAAAUGUAGAAUUUCUGCAAACAUUUCCUUUUAAAUUUGUUUGUCAUAAAUAAACUUCGAUUUUUGAGCCAAAAUUUUCUUCUUAGAAAACGCUGAGUUCACGAAACGGCUUCUUCUACGCGAAUACACGGGAGUUGUAAACAAUCCAUCGAGCACAAAACUCCUGCUACAGUAAAUUGAAAAACGCCGUAUUGAAUCCUUCCAAGUCUUUUCUUGCCUUAAAAAAAGUCAGCCCUAGGAUUUUGUCGACUUUUAAAAGAUCGUUCUCUAAAAAAAACGGGAAAAACACCGAGCUCACACAUUAUCCACUCGCUAGGAGGUGAAUAUUGUUGAAUAGUCCGAGAUAGCGAACCAAUCAGAUUGCUUAAAUCACCAAGAUCACUGAGUGUGUAUAUACUAAUGCAGGAUAUUCACUGAUUGAGUAGCCAAUCAGAGCGCGCGAAAAACACUAUCCACUGUUUUAGUAUAUACGAAAUAGAUUUAGCCAGGGCUAAAAACGAAGCACUUUUUACUAAAUUGAUAGUUUAAUCAAGCAACAAACUUGUAAUCCACAAAUCAGUUAACUUUAGGGCACAUUCAUUUGACUUUUGAGGGAAGUGAUUUUAGAGAAAAACAAGACGCUAAGGAGCGUACACUUCGGCGUCGUGGUUGUGGAACUGAUUAAUUGUAAAUGCGGAGGAAUAGUAAGAAAUGAAAUAUGGUAAGAGUAAGGUGUAAAUUUUUGAAAUUAUGGGAUUUGUCAGGAUAUUCUGAAAAGAGCAACGUCCAAGAGGCCUACUUGCCAUAAAUUAGCAAUAAAUUGUCUCUGAGAUAUUAGCCCAGUUAUGCUCUGAUGACUCCAUACAAAUCCUUCUAAAUUUGACUUGGGUCUAAACGUUUAGACUUAAGUCAAAUAUGAGGUUACUGGCGGUGAAUAACAAGUCUAACAAAACAAACAGUGAAAAAAGAAUUCUCUAUUUUUCUUAGCCACACCAGGCUUCAAAAACAGCAUAGCAGUCUCAUGUACUGAUUAAAGAUAUGUAAGGCAUGGGUAAGGAGUCAAUUACGUUGAGCAUGGAAUUGGCUGUUACGAGUUCGAAUGUUUUGAGCAUGAUUAUUCACUGGCUAUCAGCACGCAGGAAUGACGGAUUAACACAAGGAAGUUUAAUACCAAAGGAACAUAGCUUUUUCAGAGCUUUAAAACACAGCAUCCGCCAACACAAACUUGACUUGAACUUAAGUACAACUAAACAGCCUCUACCAAUAAUAACAAACUCUCACUUGAACUUCAGAUAUCUUACGGCUUCCGCCAGCUUGUAAACACAGAACUUGAAAAUCGACCUUCGUUACACUUGACUAAACACAGCAGUCCAGCUCGUGGGAAAAAAAACUUAGUUCGUCAAAAGACCUCGCUUGGAACUUGUAUACCGUUUGACAUAAACGGGCGAAUAGUAGUAGCUUUUCGACAUAUUUUAUGAUUUCAGUAACUGAUGCAAAUCUCCUGACUCAUGCUGAAAUGUAAACAUGCCCUAAUUAAUUAUUCAUAAAUAAUCUAAAAAAGUAGAGAACGUUCGAGAAAGUCACGCAACGCAUAUGAAAGCAAUUUUACUACGUAACACUCAACAAACACAAAAUGUCUUUGCGCAGCAUUUUGUAACUUUAAAUUCAUCAUAAAGCAGUUCGAAAGGAGGGCUCACUCGUGAAAUGUUUUUCAACACUUGAAGAGAAAUUUCGUGUCUCUGCGCGGCCACGUAAUAUCCUCUAUUUAUUCCUCGAGUAAAUUAAAGACUAAACUCAAAGUGAUCUCAAGAUAUCACAAAGUAGUCCGGUUUCAUUUCGUGAAAUAGCCGAAACAAGCCGAAAAGUCGCGAACUAGCACGCCCAUUCUUGCCCCGAAACUAGUGCAUAAUUUCAUAACUAUUUUUCAUAUUCCAAACUACCUUGGAAGCGCAAUCGGCUAAUCCCUCAACUUAGAGUCUCCUCUGACCUGACGGGUCACACGGACGAGUCAGUUCAAACCCCGGGGAAACCAAAAUAAUAAUUCUUUCUUCCUCGAAAAAGUUAAAGAAUAAAUCAAAGAAAUCGAAGUGAUCUCGAGAUAUCUCGAACUAAUUCGGCUCUCACUUCGUCAAAUAGCCGAAUAAAACCGAAAACGUACAGAUUUUGCAUGCCCAAUCUUGUCAAAAAAUGGUAACUUUACUUCGCGCUCCGCCGAAGUAAUAAUUUGCAAACAGUUCAAGAGUGAAACAAAUCUUAUAUGGCCUUAAAUGAAUAAUAGCCUGUAUGUGCACCCCCAAAAAUAGCAAUCAUCUUUGAUCACAUUACUCAUAAUGGCUCUUGAUCACAGUAGAUUAGGCCUCAGCAAAUUCUUGGAAAACAAAAUUGGGCCGAAUUUUUUGCGUUCAACAAGUUUACUGUACAAAAUCUUGCCAACAAAUUAAAUCUGGUGGCAUGUCUGAAACCAGCCUUUUAUACUUUUUAUACGUCAAAUUUGAGGUAAACAGUACUAUGAGACACUAGUGUUUUUAUCAUACAGACUGCAAAUAGAAUGUAGGAAUGCAAGUUUCACAAUUAAUUGCAAGACAAAUUGUACUCAUUCAGAGUUCAGGAUGAUCGAAGAAAGCGCUUCGACCUCUGCACAGCAAAUUAUAGAAUUGACCACAUUAUAAAACGUUUUCAUGAAGAGAAUUCCAUAAUGCAGGACUGAACAUUACACUGUACCUAUACUAAUUUGCCAUUUUCACAUCUCCUAUAAGUAAUACACCUUGUUUGUCCCCCAAAAUUUUUUAUAAGCAUUUCCUGUAAUUUCUCUUAGGACCAAUGAAAUUCAACCCAGAAGGAAUAAAAAACAAAGCUUAUGCAAAGGUUUAGGGGCAAACAAGGUGUAUUAUAUGGGAGAGGUGCAAAUGGCGAAUGUUGUGACUUUUCUUUAUUAAUUUUAAAACAAAGAUGAAUUUUAUCUUUAGGGUGAAAUUCUGAAAAAUAAAGAAUGUGUCCCCUGUAAACAAGAGCCUCCCUUUGAGUUCCUUUGGAUUGGUGUUCCACCCUUUCCAACCCCAUAAAGAUUUUUAGCACCUGGGGCACCAAUUCAAUUACUGUUCGUUGCUUAUCAAUAAAAUUGACCUUACUGGCAAAAGUGGUAUUGUGGUUUAAUGUGUUAACAGAUUUUAUGUAUAACAUUGACACCAUAAUGUGGGGCAUGGGUUGAGUUUGUUGUUGGUUCUCUGGCCCUUGCUCUUAGCAGAGAGGUUUUUUUUUCUGGAUACUUCUGUUUUCCCAACAAUUCUAAAUUCCAAUUCAACAUGGAACGUAUGAGCACCUGCAAGUUCAUGAGUAAACCGAUAACAUUUACAUUUACAGUCAUACCCAAUUGAUCUGUGUUAAAAGGAUGCCUGUUACAUUUAUAGCAGGUUAGUUUUAAAUUUUGAAAAAAUUUAAUAGCCUGAAAGGGACAAGGAAAUCUGUCUGUAUAAUAAUGAGGUGUUCACAUCAAGGGGGUGUCCGUAAAGCAAGGUUUUGACUCUAAUUACAUUAAUUUAUUAAUAAUCCUUAUUUAGUUAUAAGUUACUGUUUUUUUUUUCUUGUACUAGGAUCCAAGAAAAUAAAAUCUUCACAGGAUUCAACAAACACAUCAGAGGAUAGUGAUGGUAAUACACCCCAGCUUACCACUGGUCUCCCAUCUUCUUCAAAGAAUGUUUCAAACAAUUCAAAGAACAAAAGAACCACAGUAAAAAGAAAGAAUAACAAGAAAGGAAAGAAAGAAAGAACAGCAACAAGGAACAUUGAGGACCCUCCUGAGCUUAACAAAGUUCUUCCAUCCUUGGCUGACAUUAAGGCAAUAACCAAACCAUCAAAAGAUGCUGAUCUUCCUGUUGAUAUUCUGUUGCUUACAGUUACAAACUGUGAGUUCUUAGCUUGUUACAGUGAGCUAAAAAACCCCUACAAAUGUUGGUUUGAUGGUCUUGGCUAUGUUUACUUUUCUGAUGUGGGUGAAAGUCAAGAAGAGCUGAAAGUUGCUUUAUUAAGAUGUUACAGAAAUGGUAUUGGUCCUGGUGGUGCUCUUGUAUCUGUAAAGAAUGCUGCCUCUGUGCUAGGACCCAAAGCAGUCAUUUCAGUAGGAACAUGUAGUGGCCUCAACCCUGCAAAAUCCACGUUAGGAGAUGUUGUUGUAUCUGCCAAAAUAGCAACAUAUGCAUCAAAGGUAGUGACCAGCAAUCAAGAGCAGUCUACUGGUAUGAGAAGUUAUGUGAGCAAACGCUUCCUAGAUGUCAUUAAGAAUAGCGCUGAUGGCUGGCAAGCACCUCUGAUGGACCCUGAAGCACAGCAUGUUCAAGUUUUUACUGAUGCUGAGUUUGUGAGUGGGCCAGAACAAGUCAGAGUUCAGUGGCGGCGUGAUCAACUUGCUGAAACCAAUCCUCAGGCAAUGGCAAUCGAAAAUGAAGGAGAAGGUGAGUUGACUGUUUUUAAGCUGCCAGUCUUUAUUAGAAGAUGCUUUGUUUCUUUGGUUUGUUUUCAAAUAAUAUCAGCAUCAUAUAAGAGAAAGUGUAACAGAAAUGGAAAUAAUCCAUCUGCAAGUAAAAUGUAAUCACAUACUGUAUUUCAGUGUUUCCUUAUGGCAAGCUAGUUUGACCAAUGUUAUAUAUUUUAAAUAGAUCUGUCUGUUCAUACAUAUGUAUGCCAUUUUUUUUUACAGGUUUGUUUACAGCAGCAUUUGACUGUCAAAUUGAGUGGUUAAUUGUAAAAGGGAUAGCUGAUUAUGCAGAUGGUUCUCAGUUGGCUUCAGAGAGUUGGUCUUCCUGUGCUAGUGUGAUGGCAGCAUCUCUUGUUGCACACAUUUUGAAUGAUCCUUGUGUUUUUCAUUCAUGGCCUCAUUAUCAAGGUAGUAAUACUUGAAUAAAUCAUUUUGCAUGUGGUUUAUUAUUCUUACUGUUUUAUUUUUCCUGUUUUUGAACCAGGGUAAGGCUUGCACUCCCUAAUAAUAUUACAGUAUACUGCGAGUAUGUCGCACCCAAAAUGCUAAAACUUUAAAUUUGAUCCUGUGUUAAACCCAUCGACAAUAGAUGGGUGUGGAGAAGGUGCCUGAAGAAGCGGAAGGGGGCGGCAAGCGAUCUUAGAGGGUAACCAUGACAACCCUGAGAGUGGCACCCACCAGGCACUGUCACACAGAGAACCUCAGUGGAGAGAGGCGCAGAUACUUGCCAAAACAGCAUCCAGAGAGGAGGGAAGGUUGGGGGCAAAAAAACAACUAUAGCUAUUGCACGCAAAGGCAACGAGAGCAAAAUGAUUGACUCCUGCGAAAGCACUGUAAAAUCACUAAGGCCCUGCUAAACCCUGAAACCACCCCAGAUACAAUUAGUGCGGGAGACUGCUGGCCAGCAUUGUCUCGCGUUUAACUUAGCCUAAAUUCCAUUUAGCCACAUUUAAUCUCUGGUGGUUUGACCACUUUUAAGCAAAUUUUGUUAUGGUUCAUAACUGGAGCAAAAUAAGAGCUAAUUUGAAACAUUAUUUUACUAUACAUGUUGUGUUACUCUUUGAUUCAGUGGUGUUUGUUCUCAGUCAGUAAACAGGACAGGGGCUCGUUUCUCGAAAGUCACGAUAAUUAACGGGCCAGUAAAGCUGUUAUGGUUUACGUGCAAGAUAGAGGUUUCAAUAGUUUUGCAUCUAACAUGAUAAAACUAUCAGUUAAUGAAACAAAAUGGAGUAGUUUGCUAGCCAGGACCCUCGCUCUUAUUCUUUACAUUUCGAUUUGAAUAUUUGAUUUCGGGCCCGAAAAGUUACCGGGACUUUCGAGAAACGGGCCCAAGAUUCCUAAAAUAAGUCAUUUUCUGGUGUACACUAUCAAACACUGAUUCACACAAACUUGGUGAUGACUUGUGCAUAGGUUGUCGAAACAACAGUCACUGUCAACAGUGCUUUAGACUACGAGUAGUCCCCCAUUUUUCCUCAGGGAUAGUAGAGCGAGCAAAAUGCGAGCGCGCGUGAAAAUCAACCCACGCGAGAAAAGGCGCGUGUCGCCUUUUCUCGCGUGGGUUGAUUUUCACGCGCGCGCGUUUUGCUCGCUCUACUAUCCCUGAGGAAAAAUGGGGGACUAUUCGUAGUCUAACAGUGCUUUUGAGGACAAUUAUUCUCAUGGAAGAAUGAUAUUGAACCUGCAUAAUGUACUUAAAUGAAACUACAACAUUCACAUGGCUAUCUUUCAUUUCUGACAUACAUGUAAAUCACAACUCAGAGUACACACAAGCCUGAAGUAUAUUAGCUUCUACUUAACGGCAUGUUAUUUUUGUAUUUUUUGCAUUAAAGUGAGCAAUCUUUUUUUAUUGCAGAUUUAUCGCAGCAGUGCUCUGCCAGCAGAUCAAAGGAACAGUUACCUUGUCCUCCAGGUACUGAUGUUAAAUGUACAUCACAGUAAAGUACCUUCAAAAACUCAUUAGUAAUUCAUAAAGAAAAACAAAAUAAAUUAAUAAGUAGGUUGAGUAUGAUCGUCCGGGUGAUCGUAUAUUGUAUUGUCGACAACCUGUGCGGUAGUCAUCUUCAAAGUCAAAGUGGGUUGUAUCACGUCAGUUGAUAGUAUUAAACUCUGGUUAUUGACCUGAUUGGUCAAUUAAGUUGCGAUGUUAUGGCUCGUCUCUCAGUUAAGCCGUGACGUCAUUGGCUAUGAAUACUCGUAAUCAGUAAUUGGUGGGUUUCGAUCCGUCUAUUUGAAUUGUUACAGUUAAACAGUUGUUUAUAUUUGUCAGUCAAAUGAAUUGUCAGUUGUCCAGUCGUUCUCUCGUAGUUAGUUUUGCUUGAGUCCGUCAAUAAGUCAUCUGUGUGGUGCCAGUAACUGUUGACUACUAUUCAGUGGCGUUUGUUCUAAGUUAGUAAACCAGCUUUCUAAAGUGAGUCGUUGAUACUAGUAUCAACUGACCUGAUACAACUCACUUUGACUCUGAAGAUGACCAGUGGCGGAUCCAGACCUUUAGAUAAAGGCCGGGGGGGCGGGGGCAGUCAUCCAGACCCUGAGAUAAGGGGGGGGGGCCAGUCUCCAAUUUUUUUGGUCGAAAAGUAAGGGGGGCCCAGGCCCCCCAGGCUCCUCCCCUGGAUCCGCCACUGAUGACUACAGGUCGUUGAAACAUCAGUCACUGUCAACAAAAACAGUCCUAUUCAGGACUACAUUCAACCAGACGAUCAUACUAAACCUUUUUAUGAAAUGACUCUUGGGUUCAAACCUUUCACAAAAGAAAUGAAUGUUUAAUGAGUGUCGUUACAUCUGAUAAAGACAUGGCUAAACUUUUGCCUAGUCCCUAGGCCUCAUUAUUUUGUGCGGCCAAAGCCUUUUGGGUCACGUGGUCCACCCUUCGCCUCAAAUACGUCACUGAAGUGAAUUGACCGAGAGGGACUGGGAAAAGACAGUAUAGGGACUAGGCAAGCUAAACUUUAUGUCCAAUUUUUUAGACCCAAAUAACCCCAAAUCUAAAUAGUAGUGCAAGAAUGAGUUGAUCUAUAUCAGAGAUUUUGAAGCCGUUCAAAAAACUUGCAGUCUCGUAUUAUCAGGUUUAAAAUCUCUCAGCUUCAUCUCUACUUUUUGGACCUGAUAACACACUCUCGCUCGUUUUUUAAAAAGUACUAAUGAUUACAUUUACGAGCUAGCCAGCACAUCACAGCUGGUCUGAAAUGCAUUUUCCACAUUUUCUCCUCCCUCCUUUAUUUCCGUUUGUCAUGGUUUUUGGAAACUGUUAUGUAGUUUUUUGUACAAUAUAUAGCCAGUAUAUCUGGACAAAAUUCCAGUCAUAGGUCCAAACACAGUUAAGGGAAUCAUGCUCCCGUCCACACCUCUCAUAACAAAAAAAUUAUUUCUUAAGUUCUUAUAAUAUAUGAGUAUUUUUCCACUGACCAAAGUGUUCCAUUCAGACUCCUUUCCCCACCUAUUUAGUUCUCCCUUUUUAAGGAGGCAGCGUGACCAAGUGCGAAGAGUGCUGGACGGUGCUGCACCACUCAUUUCAAGUCCCACUCUUUUCGCUAGAUGGAUUUUUUCACAGUAGUCCCAAAUCCAAAUCUCAGCAACGCUUGUAAGAUGCCUCUGCCAUUUACUGAGGAUUCUUUGUCUUGACUUGUUAUAUUUAAUUGAUGUAGUAGUUUCAGUCAUUUGCUCAGCCCUUCGUGCCCUAAUGUGCUAUCCAAUCUUUUUUUAUAAUAUAGCAACUUCACUGAACUUAUACUUGUGAAAUGAAUUAACCAUAUCCACCCUUAACUUACAGAGUCUUAGCAACGGAAUUACAUUACAAAACAAAAGCAACAACACAGUUGGAUAUUAACGGAUUAAAAGUAACUGCAUUUUUGCAUACAUGUAUGCAUUUUGCGUACAGCAUUGAAUCCUCCUUCCCAUCUACCACCUGACUUCCACCAGUGGUCACCGGGGAAAGAGGACAUAACGUUUAAAUUGCCAAGGGCUUAGGCAUCAACAUCUCCUCAUAGAGAUCAGAUCAUUUCUGUUUUUCAUUGAUUUGACUGUAGCUACCCCCCCCCCCCCCCUCCACCAAAACCAAAAAAUACUCCAACUGCUGGAAGGGCUUAAAAUAAGGUAACUUACCAAGUUUAAAGGUGACACGUCCAAAGGGAGUAAGGAUAUUCCGCCACAAAGUCCUGGAAUUUUACACACAUUUCUGUGUUGGGGGGCACGAACUUGCUCCCUUCGUUAGUUUUCAACAAAUCACUUUCAAACUUGGUAUUUUUACUGAUUUCAAGGCGUUCUUUCGAGUCGUGUUUAUGGAUUUUCGCUAACUGGUUCCAGUCAAAAGUUGAAAAACAGUGGAAGGGUCUUAAUUGUUAAGAUAUUUACUUUUUUAUUAACAGAUGAUACGACUGCUUUUUUGGAGUGGAGUCAAAAUCAGCUGUGCUCAUUUUACAACAGUACCACGAGCCAGUUAAUGAUUACUCCGUGGGACCGAAAUAAUACCAUGGACAUUGAUGAGGUGUAUGUACAGUUAACACUGCUAAGAGGUGACAGAAAACUUUCUGGAACAACAACAAAAAAGCUUGAAGAUUACAGCGAGAUAUUUGCAGGGCAUGGUCAUCAUCCAUUUCCUAAGAGAAUUUUAGCGUACGGGAGGCCAGGAAUAGGAAAGUCGACAUUCACAAAGAAACUUGUCGUGGAUUGGUCACGCGGCAACAAAGAAAUACUAAAGAAGUUUGCUGUUGUACUUUUAAUCAAACUCCGAGAUGUUUGCAACACGAAAGACUUCAGUGCCAUGCUCGAAAAAGCCGAACUAUUGUCUGCCGAUGACUCUGUGGUAUUUAGUCAGUUGUAUGAUUACAUUCGAGGUAACCAAGAGAAAGUCCUACUUAUUUUAGACGGCUAUGAUGAAUACAGCGCCGAAAAAUCAUCGCCAGUGCAUCAGAUUUGGAAAGGCAGUCAGUUGAGAGAUUGCACUCUUCUUGUGACGACCCGACCUCGGAAAAAAGAUGAGUUAAGACCAGGAAGUCAUGCUCAGUUUGAAAUUAAUGGGUUUGAUCGGUGGCAAGUUAAAACAUUUGCUCUUAAGUUUCUUCGCGACCAAACAGAAGUAAUAAAGUUCACAGAUUUCUUGGCUAAACGCGACCUGUGGGACUUGGCAGAAAUUCCUCUUUUGUUGUUGAUGCUGGUUCUAAGCUGGAAGGUUUCUGGUUAUCAAGGACCAUCUACAUCCCGCGCAGAUGUGUAUAACAGUUUUUGUCAGACGCUGCUUGAUCACGUGACCGCAAAAGCCUCAGAUGAGACAUUUAAAAGCAUGGAUGAACACAGAGAAGACCUCGUAAAGUUGGGGGAACUUGCCUGGCAGGCACUUUUAAAUGACUGUCUUUAUUUCAAGCUUAGCAAAGUGCCUGAGGACAUUCGGCUAUUCCUCGAAAAGUUUAUCGAUUUUGGCUUUCUACAGACUUCUAACCUUUCAGACUCUCCUCAUCGUGAGAAACUGGCGUUCUUUCUUCAUAAAUCGGUUCAAGAAUUCCUUUCCGCCUGGUUUUUAGUUCGUGAUUUACAAAAUGCCAAGGAACCCUUCAAUUCUCUGUCUAAAGUCGACUCAUUUAAACGGUUCAAGGAGCUGUUUGAAGUUUUCAGAUUUGUUUGGGAGUUGUCAUCAGAAGCUACCGUUGCUGUUUUUAGCCAUCUGAAGAUGAUAGGAGAAAAAGAAGGUCUGACUGAUUACAACUUUUGUGAAAACCCCUCUAUUAGGGAGCUCACUAAAGAACAAAGAGAGUUUUAUCGUUUUAAUCUCGAUCUUUUCCUUUCUUGCCCUGCUUCAGAUAGGGAAAAUGUCUAUCCUUCAUUUCUGCAAUGCGUUAAUGGUCUUUUAUUGAUAGGACGCGAACAACUGCCUAAAGUUUCCAGCGAACAUUGCCUGAGAUCAACAAAUUUCCAUCAACCAGAUUAUGUAUUUUUUGAUGGAACGUGUAAAAGCGAUUGGGAUGAUGAAAUUUUCUCUGUCAUGUCCGAUUUGGACACUGUUUUUGUGACAUGUUCUGGUGACGUAAUAUCCCUCAAUACGUACCGCCAUUCAUGGGUUAAUGACUAUUUCAUUAAGAAAGUGGAACAUCGAUUUGUGUUUUGUGCAACUGUCAUUGUAGUCGUACCCAUUGAACUGCUUACAUCAGCACCAGAGUCCUCUCUUCAAGAGCCUGAUCACAAGUUACAGAGUCAUGAUGUUUGCAACACUUUGCAGUUAACUGAGAAAACAUCUGACCAGACUCUGAUACACUCUCUGUCAUAUUUGGGAAAGAUUGAAACUUGCGGUAUUUCUGAGGACCCAACAAGUGAACUUGGUGAACUUGUCAUUUUACUGAAUAAUCUUCACCAUGUGCCUCGACUAUUUGACCUUGAUUUAUAUGAUGUUGGUAUGGGGAAUCAAGGGUGUCAGUUACUUGCCACUGCUUUAAAGUAUGUUGAUAAGUUACGUAUGCUGGCGUUACCACGGAACCCACUCGGUCACGGGAUAAGUGAGCUUGCCAAACACCUGCACAGUGUACCUCAUCUGGAAGAGCUGCACCUGAAAAAUACACAGAUGAAGGAAGAGGAAGUCACAGCUUUAGCCCAUAGUUUAAAGAAUGUGUCUCAGCUGAGUAAACUUGACUUAUCAAACAACCCACUCGGUCACGGAGUAAGUGAACUUGCUAAACAGCUGCACAAUGUACCUCAUCUGAAACAGCUGAAGCUGAGGGAUACACAGAUGGGUGAAGAGGAAGUCACAGCUUUAGCCCAUAGUUUAAAGAAUGUGACUCAGCUGAGUAAACUUGACUUAUCGAACAACCCACUCGGUCACGGAGUAAGUGAACUUGCUAAACACCUGCACAAUGAUCUGAACCAGCUGUCGCUGAAUGAUACACAGAUGGGUGAAGAGGAAGUCACAGCUUUAGCCCGUGCACUCGUGUACCUACCAAAACUGGGCGAACUUUACCUUAACAAAAAUCCGCUGGGCCGCGGAGUGCCUGAACUAAUCAAGUGUCUCAGAAGUGGUCCUCGACGUUCACGUCUCUUUCUAACGAACGUUCAAAUGACAGAGAAAGAAGCGACUGAGCUGCACACUUUAUCAGUGGAACACAAUCUGUCCUUGUGUACAGAUUAUAAUGUAAGUUUCUCUUUUGUUAUUUGCAUUAUU